AGAGGUGUACUCCUGGGCUUUGGGGACAGAGGACGGCUGGGCCAUGGGAACACUCCUUGGCCGCCUUCUCUCUACUCAAACUGUAUCCCCACUCUGGAGUUUGCCAGAACAAAUCCCACAGCACUGUUCCUUCAUUCACAAACAGUUCACCCUGUCUCCCAUAGGCUGGAGCACAGUGACAUGAUCUUGGCUCACUGCAACCUCUGCCUCCUGGGUUCAAGCGAUUCUCCUGCCUCAGCCUCCCAGGUGGGAAUGAUGGUUAGAUGCUGCCAAGCGUAUGAAGAAGUGUGUGAAGGUGAUGUUGGCAAAGUCAUCAAGCUGGACAGAGAUGGAUUGCAUGAUCUCAAUGUGCAGUGUGACUGGCAGCAGAGGGGUACCUACUGGGUUAGGUACAUUCAUGUGGAACUUAUAGGCUAUCCUCCACCAAGUUCUUCUCACGUCAAGAUUGGUGAUAAAGUGCGGGUCAAAGCCUCUGUUGCCACACCGAAAUACCAGUGGGGAUCUGUGACUCAUCAGAGUGUGGGGGUUGUGAAAGCUUUCAGUGCCAAUGGAAAAGAUACCAUUGUCGAUCCCCAGCAGACUCACUGGACUGGGUUGCUGUCAGAAAUAGAGUUGGUCCCCAGUAUUCAUCCUGGGGUUACGUGUGAUGGAUGUCAGAUGUUUCCUAUCAGUGGAUCCAGAAUCAAAUGCAGAAACUGUGAGGACUUUGAUUUUUGUGAAACGUGUUUCAAGACCAAAAAACACAAUACCAGGCAUACAUUUGGCAGAACAAAUGAACCAGGUCAGUCUGCGGUAUUUUGUGGCUGUUCUGGAAAACAGCUGAAGCGUUGCCACAGCAGCCAGCGAGGCAUGCUGCUGGACAGCUGGUCCCGCAUGGCGAAGAGCCUGAACGUGUCGUCCUCCGUGAACCAGGCAUCCCGUCUCAUCGACGGCAGCGAGCCCUGCUGGCAGUCAUCAGGGUCGCAAGGAAAGCACUGGAUUCGUUUGGAGAUUUUCCCAGAUGUUCUUGUUCAUAGGUUAAAAAUGAUCGUAGAUCCUGCUGACAGUAGCUACAUGCCAUCCCUGGUUGUAGUGUCAGGUGGAAAUUCCCUGAAUAACCUUAUUGAACUAAAGACAAUCAAUAUUAACCCUUCUGACACCACAGUGCCCCUUCUGAAUGACUGCACAGAGUAUCACAGGUAUAUUGAAAUUGCCAUAAAGCAGUGCAGGAGCUCAGGAAUCGAUUGUAAAAUCCAUGGUCUCAUCCUGCUGGGACGGAUCCGGGCAGAGGAGGAAGAUUUGGCUGCAGUUCCUUUCUUAGCUUCAGAUAACGAAGAGGAGGAGGAUGAGAAAGACAACAGCGGAAGCCUCAUUACAAAGAAGGCUGCUGGGCUGGAAUCGGCAGCUGCGAUAAGAACCAAAGUGUUUGUGUGGGGUCUGAAUGACAAGGACCAGCUGGGCGGGCUGAAAGGCUCCAAGAUAAAGGUUCCUUCGUUCUCUGAGACACUGUCUGCUUUGAAUGUGGUACAGGUGGCUGGUGGUUCUAAAAGUUUGUUUGCAGUGACUGUGGAAGGGAAGGUGUACGCCUGUGGAGAAGCCACGAAUGGCCGGCUGGGGCUGGGCAUUUCCAGCGGGACGGUGCGCAUCCCACGGCAGAUCACAGCUCUCAGCAGCUACGUGCUGAAGAAGGUGGCUGUUCACUCAGGUGGCCGGCACGCGACGGCUUCAACUGUCGAUGGAGAAGUGUUCUCGUGGGGCGAAGGUGACGACGGAAAACUUGGACACUUCAGCAGAAUGAACUGUGACAAGCCAAGGCUGAUCGAGGCCCUGAAAACCAAGCGAAUCCGGGAUAUCGCCUGUGGGAGCUCGCACAGCGCGGCCCUCACAUCCAGCGGAGAACUGUACACCUGGGGCCUUGGCGAGUAUGGCCGGCUGGGACAUGGGGAUAAUACGACCCAGCUAAAGCCCAAAAUGGUGAAAGUCCUUCUUGGUCACAGAGUAAUCCAGGUUGCAUGUGGGAGUAGAGACGCACAGACCCGCCUGACCGAUGAAGGUUUGGUAUUUUCCUGGGAUGAUGGUGACUUUGGAAAAUUGGGCCGGGGCGGAAGUGAAGGCUGUAACAUUCCCCAGAACACUGAGAGACUGAAUGGACAGAGGGUGUGCCAGAUUGAGUGUGGAGCUCAGUUCUCCCUGGCGCUCACCAAGUCUGGAGUGGUGUGGACAUGGGGAAAGGGGGAUUACUUCAGGUUGGGCCAUGGCUCUGACGUGCACGUGCGGAAACCGCAGGUGGUGGAAGGGCUAAGAGGGAAGAAGAUCGUGCAUGUGGCUGUCGGGGCCCUGCACUGCCUGGUGGUCACGGACUCGGGGCAGGCGUGCCUUCAGAUGCCGAUUCUUUGCUGCCAGUAAUAAAAUAAGUGGUGCAAGUAAUUCUAAGCCGAAUCGCCCUUCUCUUGCCAAGAUUCUCUUGUCACUGGAUGGAAAUCUGGCCAAACAGCAGGCCUUAUCGCAUAUUCUUACAGCAUUGCAAAUCAUGUAUG